AUGCUGGAGCAUCGACACGGCGAUCCAAGAGCCUCAGACACCACACAAGCGAUGUCCGUCAAUUGGCCAAGGCUGCAGAGGGGCUUUUCGACGAUUCCCUGCCUCUUCCGGGAGUGGCGGCUGGUGGAGUGCAGAAACGUGGCGAAGAAGCCGGACUACAAAGUUGGCGACGCGAGGCCCAUUUUCGUUCCCAAGGCGCGCAAGGCGUUCCCGGACUACGAGUUCGGCGAGUCGCAGAUCUUCAAGCAGAGCAACAAGGGCCUGUACGGUGGGUCGUUCAUACAGUACGGAAACAACGUUGCCGAGAGCAAGACCAAGACCCGGAGACGGUGGUUGCCGAACGUGAUCAAGAAGGGCUUAUGGAGCGAGGCCCUGAGCCGCAACGUGAGCAUACGGAUGACUGCGAAGGUGCUGCGGACCGUGACCAAGGAGGGCGGCAUCGAUAACUACCUGACCAAGGAGAAGUCUGCGAGAAUCAAGGAGCUGGGCCCCACUGGUUGGAAGCUGCGCUACCGCGUGCUGCAGAGACAGGAGCUGCGUGAGAACCCGCCGCACAAGGACGCUGCCGUGGUGCGCGGCAUUGACGGCGCGGAGCACACCGUGUACUUCGAGGAGGCCCUGGACGGCGAAACCGUCCGUGUCACGUGCGGUCGCCGUAAGCUGCUGCAGCUGCUGUACCCGCUCGAGAAGCUCGAGCACCGCGCCGAUGGCGAGACACUCACUUACAAGCAGUUCCUGGACGCCUACGCGGGCACCAGCGUGCGCGACAUCCUCGCUGCCCUAAGUAGUUACGGCUUCGACCUGAAGACUAUCACCGUCUGA